AUGGAAAGCAAAUAUUUUGUUGACGAUUAUGAACAUGUUAAUACCGAAGUGGAGUACGUAUUGGAAAAUGUUUUAAGUGAAGAAACAUUAUUAAAUCCAUGUCCAGAAUCAACAGAGUUGGCAGCAUUAUUUAAUACAAUUUUAUUAAAUAAAUGCCCGUGUGAGAAAUGUAACAAAUUAUGUACGCACGGAGGAUCGUAUCAGCUGGAUGCGGAAUCGAAUGAACUAGUGAUUGCAGAAGACAAUUCCAGCGAUUUAAUAUACGAGUGUUCAUCCCUAUGUUCCUGCAAGGUAGAAAGAUGUCACAACAGAUUGGUACAAUAUGGCCCAAGGAAGUAUUUGAAAAUAAUAUUUUCCAAAAAGUUUCAAUCUUAUGGUAUCAUAACUACUAGGGAUAUACCUAUGGGAGCAUUUAUUUGUGAAUAUGCCGGUGAACUCCUAACAAAAAAUGAAGCGGUUAUUCGGAUACGGAAUAAUAAUAGAAAGCGUCAAAUGAAUUAUGUACUCUGCUUGAAGGAACAUUUAAAAUGUCAACAUGGCACAGAAAGCAACAAGGGGCAUAUAACAAUUGUAGAUCCGUCCAAAAAAGGCAAUAUUGGACGUUAUUUAAAUCACAGUUGCAGUCCCAAUUGUCAGAUUUUCAGCGUACGCAUAGACUCACCAAUACCAAAAAUAGGUAAAUAA